CCUGCGUGUCCUCGGGAGGAGAUGUGCCCACGCUGAUGGACAAGGUUGCUGCUGGGUUUAGACAUCUCUGUUCCACGAAGAGAAGAGACCUGUAUGUUGGCUGUGCCUAUGGCAGAUACCCCAGGAGGGAUUAGUCCUUGUAGCUAAUUUGUGCCUGAGGCCCCCAGACCUGCCUAGGACACACCACAAAACCACUAGAAGAGGUGAAGACAGGUCUCAAUCAAAAUGUCAAUGACACUCAGCUGAAAACACAGGUGCUGUUAUUCUCCCUUGAAUAGAGCCAAAGGAGCAUCUUCUGGGCUGAGGAGGAGGUGUUGCUGUUCCAGGGGGUCUCCUUCUGCCUGCUGGGGAUCUCUAGGGGACAGGAACUUCUUGUAGCUGCUGGGCUCUGCCCCAUGACUAACACCAAGGACCCGAAGAGCACCAUGGACUCCUCUCCGGUGGCCUCCAGCUCUGCCACAGGCCCUGUCACCUUCUCACAGGUUUUUGGGCAGCAGUGCCAGCUGAUGGAAGCAGCUGUGGAGUCACUGCAUUCCUUGAAUGACCAGAUCUCCCAUUUCAUUGUCAACAAGUCCAAAACACUGGAUGAAGAGGAAGAGGCCUUUUUGCCCAGCGAGAAGGAAUCUCUGAAAAAUGCCAUGAUGUUGAUGAGGCACCUCCUGAUGGAUGCACAGGCCAAAAUCCUGCACAUGAUGGACGACAACAAGCAGCUGGCGCUGCGCAUGGACGGGGCGCUGCAGGCGGCGGGGCAGGAGGUGUCGGCGCUGCGGGCCGAGCUGGCCGCCACCGGCCGCCGCCUGGCCGAGCUGGGCAGCGACCCGGCCAUGGAGCACGGCCCGCACAGCGCGCAAGCGCUGCUGCGGGAGGAGGUGGCCCAGCUGCAGGAGGAGGUUCACCUGCUCCGGCAAAUGAAGGAAAUGCUGACAAAAGACCUGGAGGAGACACAUGGCAGCAAGUCACCAGAGGUGCUCUCGGCCACCGAGCUGAAGGUGCAGCUGGCGCAGAAGGAGCAGGAGCUGGCACGGGCCAAGGAGGCUCUGCAGGCCAUGAAAGCCGACAGGAAGCGCUUGAAGGCGGAGAAGACAGACCUGGUGAGCCAGAUGCAGCAGCUGUACGCCACGCUGGAGAGCCGCGAGGAGCAGCUCCGAGACUUCAUCCGCAACUACGAGCAGCACCGCAAGGAGAGCGAGGAUGCAGUGAAAGCCCUGGCCAAGGAGAAGGACCUCCUGGAGCGGGAGAAGUGGGAGCUGCGGCGACAAGCCAAGGAGGCGACGGACCACGCCAGCAACCUGCGCUCCCAGCUGGACCUGAAGGACAACCGCAUGAAGGAGCUGGAGGCCGAGCUGGCCAUGGCCAAGCAGUCCCUGGCCACGCUGACCAAGGACGUUCCCAAGCGCCAUUCCUUGGCCAUGCCGGGCGAGACGGUGCUGAACGGCAACCAGGAGUGGGUGAUGCAGGCCGACCUCCCGCUGACGGCCGCCAUCCGGCAGAGCCAGCAGACCCUCUACCACUCACACCCCCAGCACUCAGCAGACCGGCAAGGGGUCAGGGUGAGUCCCUGUCAUUCCCGGCAGCCUUCCAUCAUCUCCGACGCCUCCGCAGCCGAGGGCGACCGGUCGUCCACGCCGAGCGACAUCAACUCACCCCGGCACCGAACACACUCGCUCUGCAACGGGGACAGUCCUGGACCGGUACAGAAGAACUUGCACAACCCAAUUGUACAGUCUCUAGAGGACCUAGAAGACCAAAAAAGGAAAAAGAAGAAAGAGAAGAUGGGCUUUGGCUCCAUCUCCAGGGUGUUUGCCCGGGGGAAGCAGCGCAAGUCCCUGGACCCCGGUCUCUUCGACGGGACGGCCCCCGACUACUACAUCGAGGAGGACGCGGACUGGUGACCACCCUGGAGCCUCUCCCUGGCUUCACCAUCGCCUUGUACAUACCCCCCAACACCCUCCCCUUGUGGACGUGUCACCUCUUGUCUUGGGAGCGAUGCAGCUGUGUCGUAACUUCAGUUUCUCCCCAUUUUUUGUGUGGGUUUUUUUGGUUUCAUUUCGUUUUUGUUUCCAUACCGGUAACUCCUUCGUCGUCACUUCCGUUUGUCACUUUGGGUUGGUUGGUUUGUGUUUUUUUUUUUGUUGUUGUUAUUGUUCUUGCUGUUUUAUCUCCUUCUUUUUGACAAAACUUGAAACUUGAAGGACUGCUGUCUCUCUGUAAAUACCAGAAAUAUUGUGCACUUUGUGCUGUGACGUCUCUUGUCCGAAACUGCUUGUUUUCUGGAGCCCAACCCAGCGGGAUGUCCUCGCCUGGAGACAAAGGACCUGCCCAGCUGAGGGAACUUGGAGAGAAAACACACACACACACAAAAAAAAAGAAAACAAAGAAUUAUCUCCUUCACCGUGAUGUCUUCCUGGCCGAGCCCCACGGAGGCACCACGGGCUGGUUGUCACGCGUGCCGGUCUGGAAAUUUUAAGUGUUUUAACGUUCCUUUUUUGAGUUGUUUUUAAUUUAUUUGCACAAAGCCAGAGGAGCUAUUCUAACUAAAUUAUUGCAGAAGUUUUUUGGGAUUUUUUCUAUUUUUCCACGUCGGUUGGGAUGGGGUGGGGAGGAGGAGAGGGGGUGUUUGUACUGUAUUGUUCUGGGAAGCUGCUGUUGGGGUUUGGAGGGGUGGGUGGGGGAUGGAGCUGUGGAGCCCCUGCCCCGGGCUCCCUCAGCCCCGUGGCUGCAGAUGCCCCAGGAGCACUUAAACGCCUUGGAAAACGCAAUCCUGAGUCAUUCCUGGGAAAUCAGACCCAGGAUGGGGAGGGGGAAGCUGCUGGGAGCUUUGCCCCUAGUUUUUCCCCUGCGUUUUUUUUUGGGGGGGUGGAGGGGAGCACUCUUUGAGUAAAAUUUGGGGGAUCCAGCAUGAGCUGGGAGGAGGGGAAAGGGAUUUCCUGAGGUAUCCCGAGAUACGGCCGGUCUGGGGCCUCUUGCCCCAUUUGGGGUCUUAUCACCACCUGGGGAAGGGUGGGGAAACUGGUACGAGUCCUCUCUGGGGAGGUUUUUCUGGCACCAGGGUGGUUUUUAGGCACAAGCAGAGCUCGUGCUUCCAAAUCCCUUGGAAGUGCCCCAAAAUUACCCGCCCCCCCCCAGCUCCUGGCAGCCGCUUCCCCUCCCCACUAACACACCCCGCGCUCUGCUUAUGCCAAGAUAAGUACUUUAUGCUUUAAUGCUUACCACAUAAUUUUAAGCUCUUAAAAAAGAAAUGUAUUAAGAUUUAUUUAAUGAUGCUCUAAUAGUGUAUUAUUAUUUUUUUUUUUAUUAUGAAUUCCCAUACGCCCUGGUUAAAAAAAGGGGCAUUUUGUCUUAAAUCACCCAACGGACCCGACGCUCCGUGAGAGACCCCAGGGGAUGGAUGAGCAGAGGGGACCCUGGGGUGGCCAGGCAGGGUUUGUCCCUUGGCAUCUUUCUCUGCAGAGAAACAUUUAUAUACAUUUUGUUGGGGUUUGUUUUUGUGUGUUUUGUUUGGUGUUUUUUUUCGGGGGGGG